UUAUUGUUCCUUUUGUUCCAGGCGUACAAGUGUUCCAGGAUGGAAUAUAUCUCUACUCAUGAUGGAACGGAGAAUAUAGAGAACCAAGCAGUCGGAGGAACAGGGAACAGGGUUGUGGAACCUUCACCCCGACCCCUAGAAACCACUUCAACCCUGGGGCCCCUGGCCGGCGCCCCCGCUGGAUCAAUUUUAGAUUUACGAACCCCCUCCCAGGGGCAUACUAGUAAUCCGGCGCAGGGGCACCCUCCGUCAGGACCCCUUGAGGCUCGUCUUAGGGGCGACUCAGUACCUUCCUCUAAUUUAGGGACUACCUCUCAGUCUGGGGUUAUCCAUGGAGCCUCUUCUGUACCUGUCUCUAGAAGAAUACCCUCCGAAGUCCCCUCCGCACCCCUGAACCCCUCCGGGCCUCUGAACCCCUCAGGGCCCCUGAAUCCCUCCGGGCCUCUGAACCCCUCCACGCCCCUGAAUCCCUCAGUGCUACAAAGUCCUGCUGCCAGUCCUUCGAUCCAACGCAAAGGAGCGUUUGCACGUUUUACCUCUCAUAUAUCAAGGAUAACGGCCUCGCAUUCUAGACUCCCCACCCUGUCCUCUAUUCCGUCCUCGUCACGGCCUACAGACCCAACCUCCCGGCCACCGGCCUCAUCCUUGUCAGAUACAGAUCUCGGGACUAAGCCUAAAACCAAAGAACAGAAGAAAAUAACAGAUGCGUUUCGAUCCUCUCGUCGACCUAGAUCUAAAUCUCUGAGUAAACUAAAAAGAUUAGGUAACUUCGGUGCAUCAAGAUCUCCCAGUGUUCAUUCCAGAGAUCCUCGUCGAUCCCCGCCCCCCAGGGGGGCACAGGGGGAGGAGCAGUCCAGUGAUUGAUCGAUUAGUUGAUUGAUUGAUAGAUCUAUUAGUUAUAAAAACAUUUUCGCAAUGGCAACUAAACCCAGCUAAAUAUUUAAAACAAUAGUUGAAGUUUUUCUAAAAGAGACAUAUUUUACUGCACAUAUCUUUUUAAAACUCAAAUCAAAUUUGUUUUUUUUUUUUGAGACUGAUUUUUCAUUAGAUGUUUUUCUUUUCUGGCAAAUGUUAUUUUAACACCUUCUCUGUUUCGUAGGUUGGCUUGUUUUUGAUGACUAGUCGAAUACUUUUUGUAAUUUCUAAAAUUCAGAAUUUUUUGGUUUUGUUUUGGUGACAUUGUUUAUUGAGUCAUCUUGUUCCAGUGUUAGUUCAGAUAUAAAUAUAAAUAACAAAAUUUUACAAAUUUCUUUAACAUUUGUCAAAAACCCAUGUUGGAGAAAUUUUGCAAAAAAUAACAACGAAAAUUUGUGAGAAUUUUCCAUUUCAUUGAAUAUAUAUGUACAUAAAAUUAUAUAUUUAGACUGUGCGUCUGUACAAUUGUACAUGAGGCUAGCGGUACACAAGCAAUAUUAAAACCAGUUUCAUGUAUAAACCAAUUCAACAAAUUUGUGGGAACUAAUAUUCUAAUCUUUAAAUUUUUUAAUCGGAUUUUAAAAAGAAAGGGAAAAGGGUUUUUUUGAACUUUUAUUACAAAACUCA